AUGCCGCCCAAGUCGAGAUUCACAAGGCUGGAUGCCUUUACAAAAACCGUUGAUGAGGCGCGAAUUCGCACUACGAGCGGUGGUGUGGUCACCAUCGUGUCGCUUCUCGUCGUCGUCUUCUUGUCGUGGGGAGAAUGGGCAGAUUACCGGAGAGUAGUCGUACACCCAGAGCUAGUGGUAGACAAGAGCAGAGGAGAACGAAUGCAAAUCCAUCUCAGCAUGACCUUCCCUAGAAUGCCCUGCGAGCUGCUCACACUCGACGUCAUGGAUGUGUCCGGGGAACAACAACACGGGGUUGCACACGGUAUCAACAAGGUCCGCCUUAGACCUGUCAGCCAAGGAGGUGGUGUCAUUGACGUAAAGUCUAUGAACCUCCACGACGAAACUGCUGAGCAUCUUGAUCCUUCGUAUUGUGGUGAAUGCUAUGGUGCCACUGCUCCCCCUAACGCACGAAAGGCUGGGUGCUGCAACACCUGCGACGAGGUCCGAGAAGCCUACGCAACACAGGGCUGGGCGUUCGGUAGGGGCGAAAACGUCGAGCAGUGCACACGUGAGCACUACGCCGAAAGGUUGGACGAGCAGCGUGAGGAGGGUUGCCGAAUCGAAGGUCAUCUCGAAGUCAACAAGGUCGUCGGAAACUUCCACCUUGCGCCUGGUCGUAGUUUCAGCAACGGAAACAUGCAUGUCCAUGACCUAAAGAACUAUUGGGAGACCCCCAACGGCCAUCAGCACGACUUCACCCACACCAUUCACCAGCUUCGCUUUGGUCCUCAGCUUCCCGCCGCGGUUAUUCAGAAGCUGGGCAAGAGCGCUACGCCCUGGACAAACCAUCAUCUGAACCCUCUCGAUGGUACCAAGCAGGAAACCAACGACCCGGCCUACAACUACAUGUACUUUGUCAAGAUUGUGCCUACGUCCUACCUGCCCCUGGGAUGGGAGAAGAAGUUCAGGAAGGCUGGCGGAUUGAUGGAUACGAAUGCCGACGGCAGCCUUGAGACACACCAGUACUCGGUCACUAGCCACAAGCGAAGUCUUCAAGGGGGUAAUGACGCUGCUGAGGGCCAUGCCGAACGUCAGCAUUCACAGGGCGGUAUUCCCGGUGUCUUUUUCUCAUAUGACAUUUCUCCCAUGAAGGUUAUCAACCGUGAGGAACCAGCCAAGUCCUUUACUGGUUUCCUUGCAGGUCUUUGCGCUAUUGUCGGUGGUACUCUCACCGUCGCUGCGGCCGUGGACCGUGGGUUGUUCGAAGGCGCUGCAAGACUGAAGAAGAUGCGAUCUAAGGACCUGUAA